UCCCGGAAGAAACUACAGUGGAAGUUGCCAAAUGAAGAUAAAACACUGAUUGAAAUGGCGUCAGUGACGGUAUCGUUACGUGGCUGGGUUUUCGCCACCGUGUCUCUGCUAAACUUUGCAUUUGUUUUCAUAUCCGGUGCAGACUUCAUUCGGUUCAUAUCAUUUCGAGCCAUUUACCACAACAUCACCGGGGAGACGAUACUGUGUCAAGACUCCAUACCGUGGUCAGUGGCCCUGCGGGACAGCUCUGUCUUGAAGUCUCUGGUGGUCGAUCUCGGACUGCUGGCUCUCUUCACCGUGCAGCACAGUCUGCUCGCCUGGUCGCCUGUCAAACAGGCCUGCCAGUCAGUGCUGGGAGCCCUGAACAGGACGGCGUACUGCUUCACCACUGCGCUGGCUCUCCAGAUCUUGAUGCGUUACUGGCAGCCGGUGACUGGCGCCCCCUGUCUGUGGUCAGUACGUCAUGCACCCUGGAGUAUCUGGUUCCCUCUGCUCUGCUUCACUGUGCACUUCCUCUGCUGGGCCAUCAUCUGCAGCAUCCUCAUGAUCUUUGAUUACCCAGAACUGCUGGGCAUCAAGCAGGUGUAUUAUGAGUGUCUUGGUUUAGGGGACCCCCUGUCUUACAAGUCACCCCGUGCCCAGCGCCUCCUGUCUCACCUCCGCCACCCGGUGUGUCUGGAGCUGGGUGUUGUGCUGUGGCUGCUGCCGGCUUUGUCUCUGGACCGGCUCCUGCUGGCGCUGACUCUGUCGACCUACCUGGCCCUGGCACACUCACUGGACAAACAGGAUUUAGCCUACCUGUGCGUCCAGCUUAACAGCAAGAUGCAGAUCUUUGCAGAGCCACAACGGGGCAGCGCCGACGCCAGCGACCAGGACAAGAGCAACCACAAAGAAAAGUGAAGUGAAACUUUUCUUACUGCUGUGACAUGAAGCUGACUGCUGCCUUAAUAUCAACCAGAAAUACUGUUCAACAACUGACUGUUAAUCUGCACUCAAGAGAGCCUCUGUGAUCCUCCGUGAGCCUGAUAUCUGCUGUGCUGAAUAAGAACAAACAAACAAGCUCUGGUCAUUUCUGCGAAUGACGCACGACCACAAUCAAACUGAACUAUCUGCAACUUGACACUGUAAUUCUUAAAUAUUCUUUUCACUGCAUAUGUGGUUUCAGAAAAGGAGAGUUUCGUUCCAAAAUGAGAUUUUAUUCCAACCCUCGGAAAACACGGACACCUCCUUUACUGAUAAAUGUAUGUCUGUUGCUGUAGGGUUGUGUUAACUCUUACAGGGUUUCUGCAGGUCUUGAAAAUAUUGAAAAGCUUUGAAUUUAGUUUAUAGCUGCAACAAUAAGUCGACUAAACCAAUUAGCUGAUUGACAGAAAAUUAAUCUGCAACUAAUUUUGAGUAAUUUUUAAGAAAAAAAUGCUAAAAUUUUCUGGUUCCAGCUUCUUAAAUGUGAAUAUUUUCUGGUUUCUUGACUCAUCAAUGAUAGUGAACUAUAAAUAUCCUUAGUCGCAGCUCUAAUUUAGGUUCUGGGUAACAAUAAUUGACAUUUUUUACAAUUUUCUGACAUUUUAUAGAUCAAACAACUAAAUCAAGACAAAAGUUAACAGAUUAAUCGAUAAUGAAAAUAAUCCUUAGUCGCAGCUCUAAUUUAGUUUCCUCCAAAACGGCCUUAGAUGGUAUUAAAACAUCUUAAAUUUAAUUCACAAAUGUCUUGAAUAUUUUCUCUUGCCUGCCGUAGGCAGUAAUGUUGGUUAUAAUUUUAUUUUAUUUUUUCUGAUUGCGGGCUUUCAGGUGAUGUUAUACAUCUAUAAACUAUGUUUAUGAAUUUAAAUGAACUAAAAUAGUUAUUAUUAGUAAAAUAAUAAUGAAUCCAUCUAUCCUUUUUCUGACGCUUCUGGUCACAUUAAUUUAACUAAUUGUAUUAAAUUAUAUACUGCAACGAGGUACUGAAAAAAUAUGAUAUAAUAAUAAUAAAUAAUUAUAGACCAUAUCGUCCCUUCCAUCAUACUUUCAUACUUUGGACGGUGUGAUCGUGAAACGGGUAUUAAAUUGCAUUCUGUAUUCUGUGUGGUAUUAAAAAGGUCUUAAAAAGUUUUAAAUUUUAACUUGCAGAAGUCCUGUGUGUUAAUAUUUAGAGUGAACUUAACACCUGUACUAACGUAACGCUACAUUUUUGAGUCUAUCUCUUAUCUUCUGAUUGAAUUUAGGAAGAAAGAUUUUUUCAAAGUGGGAUACCAUGCGCAGAAUUUUUGGAAUGAAACUCUCCAAAUAUACAGUAUAUUAUUUUGUAACUACACUGAAUGUGUUUUUAUCACAGAGUAUAUUUUUUUACUGGCUUUUACAAUCCAUGUGCCAACUGUAGGUACAAAACACUGUAUUUCUCUGCACACUGACUUCAUAUUUAAUUAUCCUCGAAAAAGAAUGUCAUACUGAGAUUUCGCACUGGCUAAAGCACAAACAUGCAGCUUUGUUUUUCAUGAUUUGCAGCUAUAAAAUGAAAACAAAUCUCGUGGCUUUUCUGAGAUUAUGAAUGUACUCCUCACUUGCUAAGGUUGUGGGCGCAUUGACAGUAAUGUAAAACUAACCGCAAUCCACUUGAAUCUGAACAAACUGCAUGGGUUUGGUAUUUCAUACCUUAACCUUUUUCAUUUUACUUGAUAAUCUAAGUAACUCAUGUCUUAAAUUAACUGCUUAUUAGCAGAGUCACCAGUAUUUUAUGAAAUAUGUCAUUAAUUCUUAAAUUCAAAGUACUGUAAUCUUCUGUUCUACUGUAUAUCUAUUGUAGGCUAUUUUUUUUCCCAUGUCUGCAUUGUGGCCUCACUGUAAUGACUAAUAAUUUUCAGUAUUUUCAAGACUGUGUUAAAUAAAUAUA